UAUGAAAUGUACUAAUAUGAGGCAGAUGAGAACAGUCACAACCAUCACCGCUACAUCCAUUGCUCAGAAUUUUUUUGUCUCGACCACUACUGUGGUCUUUUUAAGUACAAUUGACAACAUAUUUUUUAAGAAGAGUCCUAUGUCCGUAGGAGGCUACAGGAUAAACUCAUUCGGAGUCACGAUUGAGGAUGGAGCAAGUUACCGGGGAGCGCGCCUCCAAGAUGUAGCAGUUCCAGGAACGGUGAUGACUCCAAGAUACCGUCCUGAUGCUUCCUGUUCAAAUUAUGCUGGAACUAGGUGGGAUACGUCAAGGAGAGGUAAAGUAGGGUGCAAAUAUUGCGGUCAAAAGCAUGCACGAGGUGCAAUAUCUAGUGUUAGUGCUCCAAGAAAGAUACAAUUGGCGUUGCGUGACGUUGAUGAAGUGGUGUCCAAACAAAUUAUAACACCUGUUAAGGAGCCUACAAAUUGGGUGCAUCACAUCGUCAUCGUUGCAAAACCUGAUGACGAUAUUAGGAUAUGUAUAUCAGAAAUAAGGUCUUAG